CAAAGCCAUUAUUAAAAGCGUUGAACAAAAGGACAAACCGUUGAAAAUGCAAACAGACAUCGGAUCCAACUUUUAUGUCCAGACAGUGAUAACGGAUCCGCACAAAGUGUUUCUUAUGAUAGGAAUGGGAUUCUAUUUGGAGUUAACUCUCGAAGAAGCGAUUCUCGCCAUCGAUAAGAGAGAAGCACUUCUGAACGAAGAACUCAAACAAUUGUCGAUCCAAUCGUCGCGAAUAAAAGCAAACAUUAAGUUAAUUAUGGAAACAAUUCAACAAAUCAUUAAUUUAUAAUCGUUUCCAAUGUUUUGUAUAUUUUGUAAUUAUUUUCAAUAAACAAAUGAAAUUACUGUUGAGUGAAAUAA